UUGAUAAUGUCUUUUUCUUCUUUUUCUUUCUUCCUACAGAUGAACAAGAAUCUGGCAUGAUGAGUUUAUUCACUGACAGACACUCACUUUAAAGUUCUCCUUUUCGGCAGUGAAAGAACCUCAGCCAAAAAAUGAAUACAUUACCGUGGUCUUCAGUAAUACCAAACAACUCUUUCACACCCAUCAACCACAGUAAGGAGUCCAAUAAAUCACCAGGAGUGUCAGGAAACUGUGAGCAGGUCCACAUUGCCCCUGAGUUUUUCCUCACUUUGGGUUUGCUAAGUCUGUUGGAGAACAUCCUUGUUAUUGUUGCCGUAGCCAAGAACAAAAACCUUCACUCUCCUAUGUAUUUUUUCAUCUGUAGUCUGGCUUUGGCAGAUAUGUUAGUAAGCGUUUCCAAUGCAUGGGAGACUAUAGUGAUCCAUCUCCUGGCUAACAGGAGGUUAGUUGUAGAAGAUCACUUUAUUCGUCAGAUUGAUAACAUGUUCGAUUCUCUCAUUUGCAUUUCUGUGGUGGCUUCCAUGUGCAGUCUGUUAGCUAUUGCUGUGGACCGCUACAUCUCUAUAUUUUAUGCGCUCCGUUAUCACAGCAUCAUGACUGUGAAGCGAGCACGUAUGAUCAUUAGUGGCAUCUGGAGCUUCUGCACUGGCUGUGGGAUUGUCUUCAUUGUUUACUCUGACACAACACCAGUGGUGGUUUGUCUGGUUGCUAUGUUCUUGGCCAUGCUGCUCUUAAUGGCAUCUCUCUACAGCCACAUGUUCAUGCUGGCUCGAUCCCACGUAAGACGCAUGGCAUCUCUGGCCGGUUCCAAUGCCUCCAUCCAGCAACGGGCCAGCUUGAAAGGAGCCCUCACUCUUACCAUCCUUCUGGGUAUCUUCAUCGUGUGUUGGGUGCCGUUCUUUCUCCACCUCAUCCUUAUGAUCUCCUGCCCAAAGAACCUGUACUGCAUUUGCUUCAUGUCCCACUUCAACAUGUACCUGAUUCUUAUCAUGUGCAACUCUGUGAUCGAUCCUCUGAUCUAUGCGUUAAGGAGCCAGGAGAUGAGGCAGACAUUCAAGGAGAUCAUCUGCUGCUACAACCUGCGCAGCAUCUGUAGCUUGUCCAGUAAAUACUGAAUAGAACCUUCAACUUUGCAUCCAUCAUCAUGCAGCACAGAAACAAGUACAGACAUAAAAGAAAACAGGACUGCA